AUGGAAGAGAGUGAGGGGAAGGAGAAGGGUCCCUCCGUGGCGGCGGCGCCGCCGCCGCAGGCGUGCUCGCGGUGGAACCCCACGAAAGAGCAGAUCAGCCUCCUGGAGGGGCUCUACAGGCAGGGGGUGCGCACUCCGACGGCGGAGCAGAUACAGCACAUCGCCGGGAAGCUCCAGGAGUUCGGCAGGAUCGAGGGGAAGAAUGUGUUCUACUGGUUCCAGAACCACAAGGCCCGGCAGCGGCAGAAGCAGAAGCAGGAGAACUUCGGGCACUUGAGCAGGCUCCUCCGGACCAGGGCUGGCCCGCCGCCGCUGCGGCCGGCACCGCCGCAUCCGACCCUUCACCAUCCCCCGCCGGCGGGGGGUACUCUCCUGUGCAGUAACCCUUUCUACGUGCCACCACUCGCCGGGAUGAGGUGUUAUCAUCCGCCGCUGCCGGCGGUGGUCUUCGCCGGAGCCAUGGCGCCCGAAGGGGCGGAGGAGACGAGGUACAGAAACCUAGAACGAUACGAUCGCCGCCGGCUUCUGGAAACCGCCGCGGCCGACGAGGAGUGCAUGUGUGAUGCAGAGUCCCGUCAAACUCUCCAGCUUUUCCCUCUCCACCCUGCCGGCGCUUCCAAGGAGGAGCCCGUCGACUCUCCCCCUUCCACGGAGAGCGACGACGGUGGGAGCUGCUGCCGCAGCCCCUCUCCUCUCGAUUUCUUUGGUUCCCAGUAUGGCUUGACUUCAGAGAGAUAG